GCAACACACAGGUGCUGGAGGAAUUCAGCAGGUCAGGCAGCAUUCAUGGAAAAGAAUAGAUAAACACAAUAAAGGAAAUAAACAGCUGACUUUUAUUUGUUUUUCCUCUCAUUGGGUGUUGGUCCUUUUUUUAAAUUGCUUCUUCCGUGUUUCUUGUUUUGUGCAAGCAGACCAAUCUGAGCUGUAUAAUUUAUACAUACUUUCAUAAUAAACUUUUCUUUGAUUUUGAACAUUUCGGGCCAUGACCCAAAUAUAGAUGGUCUGGUCAGUUGGGCAGCAAAUGAGAAAUGAAAUUUAAUUCAAAAGAGCAAGGUAAAAUAUUAGCGAGGUAGAUCGGGCAAAAAAUAGGCAAAACACAGGUUCUUGAACGGUGUAAAGGAACAGAGAGAAUGCAUACCCAGAGAUCCUCGGGUCUGAUCAAUAAGUCAGUUAAAGGAGCAUACAGGAUUCUUUCAUUUCUUCAUCAAGUACAAAUACGAACAGAAAGGUUGUGUGAAACGUUACACAGCCUGAGCACUCGUGCAUUCCGGGUCUGCAGGAUAGAGAUGGGAUUGCAUUGGAGAGGGUGUAGGGGGAUUUGUGAGGACGCCACCGGGAUGGAACACUGUCGUCCACAGGGAACGAUUCGGGAUGGAAACGUCCAGAGGAAUUAAAUCGACUUGACGAACUGCUCUGCCCUGUCAUCAAGCAUCGGUAGGGCUCCGUCCCUCAGGUGCUGACAAUUGUUGUAAUGGAGGAGGACUUCCCCCGCGGGGGGAUACAGAAGAAGCCCACUGCGAGAGUCAGCAAAAGCAAUGAGGGAGAGGACAACUUGUUUCAGUUGUCAGCGUCUGAACAGCAACCAAAGCGUCCUAAAGUAGAAAAACAGAAAAAAGAGGUUGGUGUUGAAAAAAAGAAGUUGAAGGAAGUCCAAGGCCUGGUAUCUCGCAAGAAGCAGACAGAGGAGGCAGGGAUCCUCACAUUUAAGAAACUGACUGUUGGAACCCUGCUGCUCGGAUGUGUGAAGGAAGUGACUGACUUUGAACUUGCCAUCGGUUUACCCCACGGGCUCACUGGCUACGUGAGCCUCACCAGCAUCUGUGAUGCACUUACCCAGACCUUGAGUGAGCAGGUCAAUGAGGACCUGUCAGAGGAUCUGACUGCUCUCCCGGACUUGUACAGCCCCGGAAUGAUCGUACGGUGUAUCAUUUCUCAGCUCGGGGCAACAAAAACAAACCGCCACAGCUUGAAGCUCUCCAUUAACCCCAAGGAGGUGAAUGCAGCUCUGUCAGCGGGGAUGUUGCGGCCAGGAAUGCUGCUGUCUGGUUGUGUGUCCAGUGUGGAGGAUCAUGGGUAUUUGAUUGACAUCGGAGUCAAAGCCACCAAGGCCUUCCUCUUGCACCAGAAAGCCCGGGAUUAUAUUAAGAGCAGGAACCAAGGACACCCACUUCAUGUUGGUCAGUACCUGAACUUCCUGCUGGAGUCAGUCAAGGACAAUGGCCGGUUUGUCCAGCUUUCGGUCCGAUCAGCAGAUGUUGCUGCAGCAACGGCCACUGAUGAUCAGAAGUGGAGCCUGAAUAGCUUGCUGCCUGGAUUGGUGGUGAAUGCUGAGGUUCAGAAGGUGAAUCCUCACGGUCUGGUUCUGCAGUUCCUCUCUGGCAUGUUGGGCAACGUUGACUUCAGGCACCUAGACCCACAGAAAAUCGGGACCUACCACGUGGGUCAAAAGGUGAAGGCCUGUGUGCUGUACGUCCAGCCGGAUACCAAGUCUGUUCACCUGACCCUUCGGCCCAUCUUCCUGCAGCCUGGGGCCCCGGUGCGGCAGCCGGGUGGGCAGAACAUUGGAGAGGUCCUGGAGCGGUGCACGGUGCUGUGCUACCACAAGGGUGCUGGUGUCACCUUUCGGCUGGAGAACGGGUCGUUUGCCUUCUCGCGUGUGUUUCACCUUUCUGACACGAAGAUGACUUCGGCUGCCAGCGUUUUCAGGAAGGGCACCAAGCACCAGUGUCGGAUCAUCGACCAUGCACCCAUGGAGCAAAUGGCCCUGGUGUCACUGAAACAGACCAUUAUUGAAGCCCCAUUUUUGAGGUACCACGAUAUCGUCCCAGGACAGAUGAUUGAGGGUACGGUCGCCUCCCUGGAGAAAUUUGGGGUCCUUGUGAAGCUGACAGACCACAUCCGGGGUCUGGUGCCUCGAACACAUCUGGCAGACGUCCCACUGAAGCACCCAGAAAAGAUGUACAGCGUUGGAGACAAAAUAAGGUGCAGGGUGCUGAAGGUAAAUGCUGAGACCAAGAAGGUUACUUUGACUCGGAAGAAGACAUUGGUGAAGUCGAAGCUCCCCGUGAUUGCAUGUUACGCGGAGGCUGUGCCCGGGCAGUCAGUCCAUGGUUAUGUUGUAUGUGUGAAACCAUUCGGCUGUAUCGUCUGCUUCUAUGGCGACGUUCGAGGUCUGGUCCCACGGAAUGAGUUGAGUGUCGAACCCCCACCCUUCCCUGAGAAGGUCUUCUACGUUGGCCAGGUUGUGAAGGCCACAGUCCUGAAGUGUAACCCAGACCAGGAGAAGCUGCUGCUGUCUCUGAAAGCCCGUGGCGAUGCUCAUGGGCAGGAACUGGGAACCAGAGCGGUCAGCAUUUCCCAGGAACGUGAAGGAGCUGCUGGGUACCCGACUGGCAAGAUUGUUGAUGUGAAAGUGUUGGUGAAGGCAAAGGACGGGCUGGAGGUCUCCAUCUUACCCGAGCAAGUGGCUGCCUUCCUGCCCACAACUCACCUCUCGGACCACGUGAGCAACUGUCGGCUUCUGGCGGAGCGACUGCAAGUGGGCGACGUCAUCCCUGGUGUCAUGUGCUGGAGCCAGGCCUCCAAUCGGAUUAUUCUUUGCAGAAAACCAGCGUUACUGGCUUUUAUUGAACAAGGAGCCGUAGCAAAGGAUUUUACAGAGCUCCAGGUGGGGAUGGUCAUGACAGGAAUGGUGAAGAACAUUAUGCCAUACGGAGUGUUUGUGGAAUUUGCGCACAGACUGGUCGGCCUGGCUCCCAAAGCCGCCAUGUCUGAUAAGUUUGUCACCAACACUGCGGACCAUUUUGCGGUGGGACAGACGGUGGUUGCCAUGGUGACGAAUCUGGAUGAGGAGAAGAGGCGAGUCCUGCUGACUCUGAAAGUUGCGGACUGUGGAUCUGGGGACACUGCUCGAGAGAGUCUUGCCCUCUUGAGCCAGUACCUGACAGAGCUGGAUUUCAUCAGGGCCUUUAUGGGCCGGAGGGAAUCUGCAGUUGUUGCUAAUCUGAGCCGCCUGGUUACUGGACAGAAGCUGAAACUCACCGUGGAUGCAGUGAAGUCUGACGGGACAGCACUUUUCACUGGCGAGCAGGUUGCUGGGCUGACUGUUACAGCCAGUCGCUAUCACCAAGGGGAGGCACCUCUGACCCCUGGGCAACAGUCAGCAGCGGUGGUGCUCUUCAUCGAUCUCCUCUCCUCUACAGUUCAUGUUUCACUCCGCCCGGAACUGCUGAGUGCACGUGUCAAAAAGCAGCAGAAGGGAGCUCCAUCGCAGUCGGCGGUGGUGCAGUUUGUGGCAUCAGACGUCGCUGUCGCAUCUCUGUCAGGCUCCUCGCAGCUCACCUUCAUUCCCAUCGCCUCCCACCUAAACGACACAUUCCACUUCGACUCGGAGAAGCUCUCCGAAGGGCAGACAGUGUCCGUGAAGCUUCAGGCAGGUGGCAGGGAGCAUCAGGGCAUCCCGCUGUCCAGCCGGGGACCUGGUAAACGCCGGCGGCCAGACCGAGACUACGAGCCUCCGGAUCGGGCGGAGGAGGCAGCCCCCCAGGUCCAGCAUACUCUGUGCGUCGGCAGUGUCGUCAGUGGGACCGUGAAGUCGGUGCGGCCGACCUGCCUCUUCGUCACGUUGCCGGACGGGGUGACCGGCUUCGUUCACGCCUCAGAGAUCCUCGACCACGUCUCUGAAGGAACGGUUCCAACGUCGAGCCUGAAAAUCGGCAACACGGUGACCGCAAAGGUCAUUGGAGCCAAAGAGACAAAGUCCCCCAAGUUUCUGCCCAUCACACACUCGGGUUUCACAGUCAAUCAGCCGGUGCUGACUCUGCGACCCAGUAAACUGUCAGAGAAGCGUACCGCCGUACCACAGGAUGAGAAGCUGGUGGACAGGCUGCAGGCCUUCAAGCUCGGACAAGUACUGACCUGCUACGUGUACAGGUACUACAGUGCCAAGCAGUGCCUGGAUGUUGAAGUGACCCACGAUAUCCAUGGGAAUGUCGAGCAGCUGUUGCUGUCCCUCAGUCACAAGUGUAUGAAGCACCCUCAGCGAGCAUUCCAGCCCGGUCAGGCGCUGACUGCAACGGUGAUCGGCCCAGAUAGUACAGGGGCGAGGCUCUCUCUUUCACUCACAGGUCUGUGCUCGCUGGAUGAAGGGUCAGUGACUCUGGGCACCAUUAAAAAAGUCCUCCCGGGCAUUGGGGUAGUCGUUGGCCUGCCCCUCGGGAAGACCGGCCGGGCAGGGUUGUGCGACCUGGCGGAUUCGUACAGCGAGUCGCCGCUGGAGGGACUCGUCCCAGGCAGCCUUGUCAGGUGUUGUGUUAUUUCCAAAGAUAAGAAUCAGCUCGGAGUUUCUCUAAGGAAAUGCAGGGUUUUCCCUGAAAAGAAGCCGUCGGUGAGCGAUCCAGAGAUUAUGUCCGUCAAGCACCUCCGGAAGGGGGCAAUCCUAAGGGGUUAUGUCAAAGACGUCGGAGAGCUUGGAGUUUUUGUCAGCCUCUCAGCCUCCUUGUCGGGCCUCGUUCAGUAUCAACACGUCACUGACUACUUGGUCAACGAUAACCGACUCUAUCAGGAACAUAUCCCAAAGGGAAAACUGGUGACAGUCAAAGUACUGAGCACCACGGACCAGCACGUGGGACUUUCACUUCUCCCUCGAGACACGAAGAAGCCGGACCUGCUACCGGCGUCGCUUGGCUUGUUGUGCAAGGAGAUGAAUGAAGCUGAGGUGGAGGUGGCUGAGGUCGGGAAACGCAAGCGGAGAGAUUCGGAGAGGGACCAGCCGCUCUCCAAAAAGUUGAAGACAACGAAGAAACGGUGUUUGGAGGAGCGUAAUAGAGGAUUAGGUGCCUACUUUCGGGAGGAAGAAGGGGAGAGCGAUGGUGACGUUAAGGAGCAGCCGAAACCGAAGGCGCCCAGACUGCAGCUGUCCGGCAGCUUUGCCUGGGGUGCGAGUUUAAGCAGCAUAGCCCCCGCGAUGAAGGGAAAGGAAGACCUGAGCUCAGACAGUGAGGAGGAACAGGGCGCGGACACUGAGCCCAGACUGAGCAGGAAGGAGAAGGAGACAAGGAAGCGGCGGGCUGAGAAGGAGCUGGAACAGACAGAGCAACAGUUGAUGGACCCCACCCGGCAACCGCAGACUGCAGACGACUUCGAUCGCAUGGUCCUCAGUUCCCCCAACAGCUCCAUUGUCUGGAUGCAGUACAUGGCGUUCCACCUGCACGCCACCGAGAUCGAGAAAGCACGAGCUGUGGCUGAGCGAGCUCUGAAAACCAUCUCCUUCAGGGAGGAGCAAGAGAAGCUGAACAUCUGGGUAGCUCUGCUCAACCUGGAGAAUCUCUAUGGCACAGAGGAGUCACUGGCCAAGGUGUUUGAACGGGCUGUACAGUACAGUGAACCCCUGAAAGUCUUCCAGCAACUGGCCAACAUCUACACCAGGUCUGAGAAGUACAAGCAAGCAGAUGCCUUGUACAAUGCCAUGCUGAAGCGGUUCCGUCAGGAGAGCACCGUCUGGCUGAGCUAUGCCGCCUUUCUCCUGAAGCAGGGCCGCGGCGAGGGCAGCCAUACCCUGCUGCAGAGAGCUCUCAAGUGUCUACCAAAGAAAGAGCAUAUUGAUGUUAUCGUCAAGUUUGCACAGCUGGAUUUCCGACUGGGUGACGCAGAGCGGGCGAAGGCUUUGUUUGAGAACACAUUGAGUAGCUACCCGAAGCGCACGGACCUGUGGUCGGUCUACAUCGACAUGCUGGUGAAGUUUGGCAGCCAGGAAGAAGUGAGGCACCUCCUGGACAGAGCUGUGACCCUCAAGGCAGCUCCUAAAAAGAUCAAGUUUUUCUUCAAGCGCUACCUGGACUAUGAGAAGAAGCACGGGAAUGCAGAGCGCAUACAGGCGGUGAAGGACAAGGCGCUCGUCUACGUGCAGUCAAAGACCUCUUUGGAGGGUAGUUAGCCGGCUCCACAGCCGGCCUCUUGUACAGUGGACGAUGGGUGGUGGGAGAGAGGUGGAGGCUCUGGGAGGACAGUGAACUAUGCCCCCUCAUCUAUUCCUCUGUGCCCCCUCCCGCUGAUGAGCUGCAGCUCAAGUUGUGUGUGGGGGGGGGGGGGGGGGUGUCAUGUAUGAAGUCUGCUUCAGCGGUGCACAGCGCUGCAGGAACCUGUGGCAAGUGCCACCAUGGUGGUGUAGCUGGUCACCCCCCCCCCCCCCCCCCACUCCUUGGUAGGGAGGUGCUUCCUGGAGUGGUACAAGCCAUCACCCUGGGCUGAAGCUUCGGAUGGGGCUGAGUGGGCAUCAGUGGACCUCCGUCUCAGCCCAUGAGAGGGCUCCAGGGUGCAGUGUGAGUCUGUUCACCUCCCCAACAGCAGCUCCACAUACAGAGCUCAAACCAUGAGGAGCCAAGGGUCAUGAACUCCAUAUGGUGAUUGUAAUAAAGCUGAUUUUUGUGGUUUUUAA